UGCGUGUGCUAGCUUUCUGUGUGCUUAGGUGCCCGAGCUACUGAGGGUCUAGGUCCGGGCAGCCGAAGAGUGUGGUAGGUAACGGUCGUCAGCGCAAGGGUCAUUUCGUCGCUGGGAAGGGACGGCCCUCGCCCGCGGUGAUGGUGGUUAGCAAGAUGAACAAAGAUGCGCAGAUGAGAGCAGCAAUUAACCAAAAGUUGAUAGAAACUGGAGAAAGAGAACGCCUCAAAGAGUUGCUGAGAGCUAAAUUAAUUGAAUGUGGCUGGAAGGAUCAGCUGAAGGCACACUGUAAAGAGGUAAUUAAAGAAAAAGGACUAGAACACGUUACUGUUGAUGACUUGGUGGCUGAAAUCACACCAAAAGGCAGAGCCCUGGUACCUGACAGUGUAAAGAAGGAGCUCCUACAAAGAAUAAGAACAUUCCUUGCUCAGCAUGCCAGCCUUUAAGAUUGAAUUAGAUUGUGUUGUUUUGUGGUUUUAUUUCUGAAAGUAAAACUUGCCAUAAAUUAGGAAUUGAUUUCCCAAAAUAAAAUCCUUUUUUGUAUGAUGGUAUACAGUUUUCAGUAAUGAUGUAUACAAUUGUAUUGAUUUUUUUCCCUAAAUGUGUUAUUUUAAUAAAUAUCUCAUGAAUGAGUUUGAAGUUUCCUUGGAUUUUGGAAUAAAUGGGACUUUAUUAAUAAUUCAUCAGAUUUGUUAAGAGAAAAAGUCAAGCAGUGAAUAUAGUUUAAGUGUUCAGUAUGUAAAUGUUAAGUAAGCAAAUCUCUGUAAUAACAGUUGAGGAGAGGUAAGCAGCCUCUUCUGAUUGUUUGGAUGUAGUGUAUGCCUCUUUUGAAUUCCUAUAAUAUUUUAUAAUAUAUGUCCCACCUUGUACUACAGAUAUCUUAUUUCUUAUUUGUUAUAAACGCUGAGGGUUAGGACCGGGUCUUACUCAUCUUUAUGUGCCUUCCUUAUUCCUCAAAGAAUUUACCAUCUUAUUGGAAGAGAGAACAUUUGCAAACUGGCUCCAUACCAAGCUCCUCUCACAUACUCUACUCAUCUGAACUUUGAAAGCAGAAACUAAAUUGCAUCCCCACUUACUAAGGUCAAGAAAGAACUUAAUGGGAAAUAAUCUCCACCCAUAGCUUUACUCUGACAUCAAGAUUGGCAAAUCCAUGGACUUUUGUCUAUUCUUAUGUGACCUCUGCUGGAAAACAAGAAUGUUGACCAUCCGGCCACUUGGAACUCUUCCCACUGCUCACGUUGUUUAUACCUACCACUGGAAGCUCCUUCUGUUUCUUGUGGAUACCUUUUGCUGUAUGGAACUUUAAAUAAUGGUGUUUCUUAGUGCUCCCUCUGGGCCCUCUGCCUAAUGAUAUAAUUUCCUGGGCAGAUACCAGGAAAGUUGGGUCGGACCAUGGCUUCAAAUACUAACAGGUUGAUAAAUGUUAAAUUGCAUCUCCAGCCCAGCCUCCAGAUCCAUAUACUCAACUGCUAUGGAUCAGCUUCCUUGAAUGUUCCAUAAACACCUCAAACUGA